GUUUUUGUUUGCGGUUAAAAAGAUGUCUUAAGGAGUCUAACGUUAAACUAAAUGGAGUUUAAAGGACUUCUGCUGUUUCUGAGUGCUCUGUGUUUGAGUGCUCUGACUUCACCACAGGACAGAUGUGGGCAACGGCCCCUGGUUGGGCCUCCUGGUGCGUCUCGUAUAGUGGGGGGCCAGGAGGCUCCUGAGGCGGCGUGGCCCUGGCAGGUCAGCAUCCAGAUCCAGUCCAGGCACCACUGUGGUGGGACAAUCAUCAGCAGCCUCUGGGUGCUCACUGCUGCACACUGCUUCCACAAAUACCAAUGGAUCAGCAGGAGACAUUUCCAUGUGGUGGCAGGACUUCAUGUGAUAUCCGCUCCAGGAGAUCAAACCCAGAUCCGCUCCAUCAGUAAGAUCAAAAUGCACAAGGACUACAAUAACUUCACGCAUGACAACGAUGUGACCCUCGUGCUCCUCAGCUCUCCCUUCAACUUCACUGACCACGUCCAGCCUGUCUGCACUCCUCACAAUGUGACUCAUGAGUUCAGCCUCAACUUCAGCCACUGUUUCAUCUCUGGAUGGGGGAGCACUUCUUACAGAGGCAGGCAGAUGAACAGACUGCAGGAAGCUGAGGUGGAGCUCAUUGACAGGAGAACAUGUAACCUGAUCACCUGGUACCACGGCCUCAUCAAUGAAAACAUGAUCUGUGCAGGACUGGAGAGUGGGGCGGCUGAUUCCUGUCAGGGUGACAGCGGGGGCCCCCUGCAGUGUUACAGCGAGGACGAGGACAGGUUUUAUGUGGUCGGAGUGACAAGCUUCGGGGAUGAGUGCGGACUUCCUCGCAGGCCAGGGGUGUACGCCAGAACCAGCAGGUUUGCAGGUUGGCUCAAGACGAGUCAGACAUCAUCAGCCUCAGCUGCACUCAGACUGAACACAAGACUGAUCUCAGCUCUGCUCGGUGUUGCUCUGAGGCUGCUCUGAAACACACACACAGUCUGUCAGCAAUAAAUAUCACUGCUACAAACACCAGACUGUUUGGAUAUUUUUAGCCACCUGGAUUAGUGUUGAGACAUUCCACUUACAUCAUCACGAAUCUUUUAGCUUUAACAUCAUUACCGGUGAGCGUGAUUGGCCUGUUAGAUCUAC